AGCGCAGCUGUGUAAACAAAUAACCGAGUAGUAGUACUACAUAAAUCGAAAAGAUGAACGGCUUCAGUGGAUGGGACUGGGCAGUGUUUGUGCUGUCUCUCUGCGCAUCUCUCGGAACCGGGAUUUGGGCAGCCUUCGUCAGCAAGAGGAACCAAAAGCAGGGAGACACGAAGGGCACCGCCAGCGAGUUCCUCAUGGGAGGGAGGAACAUGAAUCCCAUAGCUGUAGCUCUGUCUACCAUGAUUGGAGCAGUUUCUUCCAACACCGUAUUAGGCAACCCGAGCGAAACGUACGCCUACGGGACGCAGUAUUGGUUGAACCUCAUAGGAAUGACCCUAGGAAUGCUCUACGUCCACUUCGUCAUCCUCAAAGUCCUGUAUCCCCUGAAGAUAACCAGCGUCUAUACGUAUAUUGAGAAACGCUUCAAGUCUUCUGCUCUGAGUUCCUUCACGGUCUUCACGACGCUCAUCGGAACCUUUUUCUUCAUGGGACUCUGCGCCUAUUGCCCGUCCUUGGCCAUGGAGACGGUCACCGGGUUCCCAACGUGGGCCUCCUGUCUCAUCCUCGGGGUCAUCUGCACCAUCUAUUCGUCGCUGGGCGGUGUGAGGUCUGUGGUGUACACAGACAUCCUCCAGACGAUUGUGUUGUUCGCUGGAGUCCUGUUCAUUAUGAUCCACUCCUGGAUAGACGCGGGCGGUCUUGGGGCAAUUUGGGCGACUGCUGAGGAACACGGGAGAGUCGAGUGGUGGAACUUCAAUCCAGAUCCGUUGCAGCGCCACAGCUUCUGGUUAGUCAACAUUCAAGGAUACUUCUCGGCGCUCUUAGUGUUCGGGAUGGGGCAGCCGCAGGUGCAGAGGGUCUGCUCAGUUUCCACCUGGAAAAAAGCUAUUGGAGCCUUCUACCUGAACUACGUGGUGCUCUUCUGCGUCUACCUGUGCCUGUACUUCACGGGCCUCUCCGUCUUCGCCGUCUACGCCGACUGCGAUCCGAUGGCGACGGGGGACAUCGUCAAACCAGACCAGCUUCUGCCGUUUUACGUCGACGAUAAGCUCUCCUACCUCCACGGCAUCUCUGGGUUGUUCGUGGCGGCGCUGUUCGCUGCGGCUUUGAGUUCCUAUUCGUCGCAGAUCAACGCUGUCUCGGCCGUCAUGUGGGAGGGAUUCUUCAAGAACUCCGAGUGGGUCGCUAAGAUGGACGAGAACCGGAAGCCUCUGGUCAAUAUCGGCGUCAGUGUGGUUACCGGUAUGGCGGGCGUUUUGGCAGGCAUCAUAGCAUCCCAGCUGGGGGGAAUAUUUCAGGUGGGGCAAACCAUCCUAGGGGCGAUCCAUGCCCCUCUUCUGGGUCUGUUCAUCUUGGGCAUGUGCUGCCCGUUCGCCAAUAAAAUUGGAGGAUCAGUAGGCUUCACCGUAUCUAUAAUAUUCAACUUCUGGGUCACUAUCGGUUCGGUGAUCUACGGGAAAGGCACGCCCUACCUCGGGUUCGACGACGACGGGUGUGACUAUCCGACCACAGAUUUCGUCAACUCGACGUCGACCACGACUGAGUCGUGGUCAUGGUCUUCCACUACUGAGGGGCCGGAGGACGACUACACCUUCCCCCUGUACCUGAUGUCCUACACUCUCUACUCCUUGUGGGGCACCUCCAUCACGUUCUUCGUUGGCACAGUCGUCUCUCUCCUGUCCAAACCCUGGUCAGCAGACGUCUCCGGCAAAGAGUACAUACACCCAGCCUUCUACAAGCUCAUGAAAAAGUGGGAGAAGAAACAUCCGCCCAAGAACGCAUUUUCGAGCGAACUUUACUUGGUGCCCGUGUCAAUGGAGAAGCAGUGAACCCGACGCGCACGAUAAAGCAGUGCAAAGUUUGGAAGCUGUCUGAAGCAUCGUACUCACAGCCAAAAAACUGUCGUUCCUUAAGGGUGUUUUUCUAUUUAUGUUGUGGUAACUGGUUGGAGGUAUAAAGGGGUUGUAGGAGGAGAAUGCUGCAAAGUAACCUCUGGUGUACAGUAUGUAAUAUUCUAUCUCCCCGUUUAUGUUAUACUUUGAAGAAAUGCCAAACAAUAACUAAUCUAAUUGUUGACUUGAUCUUUCUAAUCGUUGAAGAUGAGUGAUAGCGAUAACCGAUGCAAAAUAUUAAUUCUGAAGACUGGGAAAGGUUUCAAAUGUUAAACUUAGUAAUAAUAUAGCGAGCUCUAUUCUUAGGUAUGAGGUUGAGAGGAUAAUACAAACGCACAGGUAUGUUGUACAACGGUGUGAGGAUAAGGGUUGCUUUGUGUGUUAGGUAGGAUUAUUUGUAUAUAUAUAUAUAUAUAUAUAUAUAUGUUUAUAUAGCUCACAAAUGCAUUCUAGUUUCAUAUACUGAAUAUAAUCUGUAUACUCUUUAGAUAUAAUUUAUGUAUUUAGAUAUAAGCUUUUUAUAAAUACUCCAGAAAACUGUAAAAGAAAUAUAUUUUCAAGCAUU